AUGGCCGGUAGAAAUGAUCGUACGAUUGCUGAUGCUCUUCAAGCAUUAGCACAAGCUAUGAAUAAUAACAAUAGGGCUGAAGUAGCUCCUAACUGGUUGGAGCAAUUUCAGCAAAAUCACCCACCUACCUUUAAAGGAGGAUAUGACCAAGAUGCUGCUAUGAAUUGGCUAAUGGAGAUCGAGAAGAUCUUCAACGAAGGAGCACUUCGAAGGAUCAUUGAUGGAGGAGUGAACUUGAAUUGGGAUAACUUCAAGAAGGUCUUUCUUGAGAAGUAUUUCCCGGAUGAUGUGAGGAGUCAGAAAGAAAUGGAAUUCCUUGAGCUGAAUCAAUGGAACAACAUAGUGGCAGAAUAUGCUGCCAAAUUUGAUGCUUUGGUCCGUUAUUCUACACACUACCAUGGUGAGGGUGGUGAAAGGGCUAAAUGCAUAAAAUUUGUAAAUGGUUUGCAUCUUGAAGUGAAAACUACAAUCAACUAUCAGGAAAUAUAUCACUUUCCCACUCUGGUCAAUAAGUGCAGCAUUUAUGAUCGUGAUAAUCGUGCUCGUGCUGCUUUCUAUAAAGGAGUUAGAGGUCCUAUCCGUGCUGUGAGUUCUAGUACUUCGGGUGGGAAUAAGCCUUACUCCGCUCCUACUAGAUUUCAAGGGAGUGAAGCUAUUGCUAAUGGAAGCAAGUCAUUUACUAGAGGAUCCACUGUUAGUGCUACUUGA